AGAGAAAACGCGUGGCAAAGUGUUGCUGACCGUCUGAAUGUUGUCCUUCCCUGGCCACAGAAGACUCUGUGACAUCAAAGAGGAGUUCUAUAGGAUUGCAGGUUUCCCCAAUGUCACUGGUGCACUGGACUGCACACACCUCAGCAUAAAAUCCCCGCCAGGGGCCCAUGAGGUGGAUUUUGUGAAUAGGAAAUCAUUUCACAGCAUUAAUGUUCAGAUGGUCUGCAAUGCUGACUGUCUGAUCAACAGACAUGGACUGAGCCAGGCAAAAUGGCCUGGCUCAGUCCAUGACUCCAGAGUCUUUGGGACCUCUGAAACCUGUCAGCGCCUAUCACAAGGAAACAGGGGAUCUGCCUGCCAGCCUUUUCUCCUGACACCAUUCACAGACCCCCAGGAGGCACCGCAGGCCUACAACCAUGCCAAUGCCAGGACCAGGCCCAGAGUUGAGAUGGCCUUUGGCCUCCUGAAGGCACGCUUUCAGUGUCUUUACUGUCCUCCACAAUGUGGCCUGCCUGAGGAAGGAGAGGGCCCCCAGAGGGCCCCCAGAGGGCCCCCAGAGGGCCCCCAGCCAUGGACUGGGACAAUCCUGCAAUCUUCCCUGAUGACGACGUGGUCGGAUGAGUCACUGUGA